AUGGCAUUGAAUUUGAAAUGCAUGUUUCAAGAAAAACGUUUAGAAACCUAUUCAAUACCUGAUGCUAUAUUAGAAAAAGCCAUAUUAAAUCUCAAUUCAGCCGAUAAUGAUAAAGAUGAUAUAAUUCAAGCGAAUAAAAUGAAUCAUCGUUCAUCAUCUUUAAGUGGAAUAAGAAAACUAUUUGUUGGUGAUAUUGGAGAUAAUCGUAAACCGGAUUUAACCAAAGUAUUCGAUCGUUAUGGUGAAAUAGUUACAAUGUACGUCGACGAAAAUAAAAAAUUCGGUUUUGUUGAAUUUAAGUCGCCAGCGGAUGCGGAAAGGGCGCUAAACCAUACAAAUAAUAAGAUGGUUAAUGGUUCAAAAUUGCGCGUUGAGUUUGCUAAAAUAGACAAACCAAGAGAAAAACGAGACCAUUUACAAUUACAGACACCAUUACGUCCAUUGAUACCAUCGAUGAACGAUCAUCAUCCAGCACAUUUCGGAUAUCCUCCUCAACGAUUACAGCGUCGCCCAUUAACAGCGAGAGGACGAUCAUUAACACCACCAAGUUUAAAAAACCAUCCUGGUUUUCGUCAACGAUCAGCACGUGAUAUGCUAGUAGCACAAGAUUUACUUGGAUAUCCACCAUUUCCUUAUUUUGAUUAUUCGGCUGCUGCAGAUUUUUAUCAUAAAACGGCCGAACAAUUUUAUAACAAUCCGUACCUAAUGCCCGAUCUACGUCGGCCGCUGUCUCCAGCAUUCUACGAUACUCCAAGUAACGGACCUCCGGGCGGACGUCGCGGCAAUAUAGGCCCAAUGCAUCAUCACCAUAUCCCGCAAGGUAAUCGACGAAAUUUUCAGUUACCACCACAUCAAGGUUCUCAACGAAGUCGUGAAUAUUUUCAAAUGUCUUCUAAAUAUAACAAUACACAAAUGAACAAUAACAACAAUUCAUCAAGAGGCGAUAGAGAAAGACGACAACAAAAAAGAAGUCGAAGUCGUUCACCACGUCAUCGGUAA